AAUAUUGCUCAGCUUUACAUGUCAGAAUAUGGUAGUUGAUUUUGUGCAGUUGGUAAUGUUCAACCCAACUCCAACCCCAACGUAACUCUGAUCCGAUGGAAACAGGCAAGGCAACUUAACUCUAACCCGACUCUAACCCAACUCUGACCCGAUUUGGACCCUCGAUGGAAACGUAGUCCAUGUGAGCAACGUAAACUGUCUGAAAUGCACGUGCUAAUUAUUAUGCCUAAUAUUAUUUUAAACAAAAUUGUAUUUAAAACAUAUAGACAUACGUAUUAUAUACCAAGUACUUAUAAUCUUUAAAAAUUCGUGAUUUUAUCUAAACGAUUAUAUUCAAUCACUUUGAAUUGUUAUUCAAAAUGUUAUUGGUAUUUAAUUAUAAAACCGAUAAUGUGGGUAUUUGGAUAUGGUUCACUUAUUUGGAAAGCCGAUUUUCCAUACGAAGAAAUUCUUGUUGGUCACAUUAAAGGAUAUAUUAGAAGAUUUUACCAGAAAAGUACAGAUCACAGAGGUGUACCUGAUAGGCCUGGUCGUGUUGUCACGCUACUUUCUUCCGAUAAUCCUAAUGAUGAAGUAUGGGGUGUUGCAUACAAAAUAUCAUCCCAUAACAUAGAUACAGUUGUAAAACAUUUGGACUACAGGGAAAAAGGAGGUUACGAAAGAAAAAGCGUACUUUUUUAUCCAUCCUAUUCAAUUGAAGAUAUUGGAUCAUUUUUAUUAACAAAUAAUAGUUUUCAAACUAAUUUUGAAAGUAAAAAGUUAUUACCAAUAUCGUCGGAUCUUACACCAUUUUAUAUUACAAUUUACAUAGGAGGGGAAGAUAAUCCAAAUUAUGCAGGUGUAGAAGAUAUUCAUGUAAUUGCGAAACAGAUACUUGUAUCUCAUGGUCCUAGUGGGGCUAACACAGAAUAUUUACAUAAAUUAGCAUCUGCAAUGCGUAUAAUUGCUCCAGGUAUAUACGAUGAACAUUUAUUUACAUUAGAAGCAACUGUCAAAGCAUUAGAGCAAGAACAGGAUAUACAGAUAGAAAUGAAUCAGCGUAAAUCCACUGAUGAUAGUAGAUGAAGAAUUUAUUUCAUUUGUAUUUGUUAUACAUUGUAUUUAAUAUACAGCAAAAUAAUAAAGUUACUUAUAUUA